GUAACUAACCUCAACGUAAUAUAACAUAUAACAAAAACAUUUAUUACUCAAUUAAUAAUUGAAAUAUCAUUGGGUUGAAACUGCAUUCUUUUUGAUUUUUUCAAAACAUUAAGGUUUAGUAAUGUGUCUCGCUAAAGUUGGCUAAGCUGUUAAUUGACAACUAAACGUCAGAACAAAGGAUAAAAAUAAAAAUUUUAUCAAAACAGAUUAUUUUUAAAUGCCGAUGAAAUAAAGACUGUUAGGUUCUAUUAAAAUGCUCAGCAGAGUCACUCUUAGUAGUACAACAUAGCCUGAAAAUAAAAUGAUAGCAAAAAACUGCCCAAAGUGCGAUCAACAGGUACCUGUAGCUUGUAAAGCCUGUCCAUGUGGUCACUCAUUUUUUAAUUCGAGAAGAACAGCCCGCGUUUUAUCUCCAGGGGCAGAUAUACGUAGACGUACCCAAAGAGUUAGAAGAGAGAAACCAAAUUAUUAUGAUGCAUUAGAAUAUGAUAAACAAAUCAGAAAGAUCAAAACUAGGAAUAGUGAGUGCGAAAAUGAUGAUGAAGGCAGUAAGAAAGAUCCAAGUAAAAUUAAACGGAAAAAAGUCAAGAAGGAAGAAGAUGAAGAUGAUGACGUUAUCACUAAUCUUUCAGCUGAAAAACAAGUACAAUGUUCUAUUAUUUUGGAAGAGUUGAAUAGAAAAAUGCAAAUGGUUACUUGGAAACCAACAUAGUACUAUAAUCCUGUUUGUUUUUUUUUUGGAUCUCAAAUCUUGAGUUGUAUAUUAUUUAGAUGCUAAGUAUCUUGUUUCUAGAACAUGCAUAUUGUUUUUAUUACAUAACAAAUAAAAGGCUAAAAUUA